AUGCCAUGCUGGUACAAGCAGAAAAAAUAUCUUAAUAUUGAUACUGAAUCAUGGUUACUUCUACCAUUGCUUAAACGUAUUCAUGUUCAAUCUAUUCAAGAUAAACAGUAUAAACGUCUUCGAAAUUGUAGAAAUAUAUUAUCUUAUUUACACAUUUGCCCUUUUGUAUUACUAGUAUUUCAAUUUCAUAAUAGAUUCUAUAAUGCAUGGAAGGGUCCAUUUCAUAUGAAUCUUGAUGAAUUUACAAGACAAUUGAAAUCAUACACUGAACUGGAAUAUGAUACACGAUCUAUCUUUUCUUGUUGGUUUUCAUUUCGUCAUGAAUAUGUCCAACUAGAACUUGGUGAAGAUAUGAUUGAACAGAAUAUAUUAAAAGCAUUGCAAAUGUUCAAUAGUAAGCAUUCAUAUGAAAAACUAUUGUAUACAUUGAAUCAUGUGAAAGAAUCAAUUACUGAUGGUGGUUAUUAUAAAUACUAUGUCAAAUUACCAUCAAAUGAACAAUUUCAUAUUCACCGACGUCUUUCAUAUAAGUUUUAA